GUACAUGCAUGAGGCGUUCGAGUUCUACGAGGACACGCUGUCGAAUCGCUACCCGUACUCGUGCUACAAGCAAGUGUUUGUGGAUGAGGCCUAUGAGGACUAUCACUCCUACGCGACAAUGACGAUUUUGAGCGUGAAUCUGCUGCAUUCGGCCGUGGUGAUCGAUCAGGUGUACCUGACGCGCAAAGCGAUGGGCCAGGCGGUGGCCGAACAGUUCUUCGGCUGUUUCAUUUCGAUGCAAAACUGGUCGGAUCUGUGGCUGAACAAGGGCAUCAGCCAGUACCUGUGCGGGCUGUACUGCAAGAAGAGUUUCGGCAACAACGAGUAUCGCGACAUGAUCCAUGGCAUGCUGCAGGACGUGGUUAAGUACGAGGAAGAGUAUGGAGGGAUUAUAUUGGAUCCGAGCCAACCGCCGGCGCCGAUGCCGCUGGGCGCGAAUCCGCCGCAGGCCAAUCAGAGCAAGAACGAGGAGAAGUUCUACUUUUCGAUUCGCAGCCUGCACACGAUGUCGUCGAUGUACAUCGAGGCGCUGCACAAGAAGGCCAUGCUGGUGAUGCGCAUGCUGGAGCACCGGAUUGGACUCGAGUUGCUGCUGCAGGUGUUCAACAAGCAACUGUCGCUGGCCACCAAUGCGGCUGCGCAGAAAAUAGGUAGCGGCCUGUGGGGUCACAUGCUGAUCAGCACCAAUGUGUUCACGAAAGCGAUUUUCACGGUGACCGGCAAAGAUAUGGCCGUUUUCAUCGACCAAUGGGUGCGCACGGGCGGACACGCGAAAUUCCACCUAACGUCCGUAUUCAAUCGCAAAAGAAAUACGAUCGAGUUGGAGAUUAGACAGGAUGCAACGUCGCAAACGGGCAUCCGCAAGUAUGUCGGCCCGCUGUUGGUCACCCUUCAGGAGCUCGACGGCACAUUCAAACAUAACCUCCAGAUCGAGAACACGGUUGUCAAGUCGGAUAUCACGUGCCACUCGAAAAGCCGGCGCAACAAGAAGAAGAAGAUCCCGCUGUGCACUGGCGAGGAGGUCGAUAUGGAUCUGAGUGCGAUGGAUGAUUCCCCAGUGCUGUGGAUCAGGUUGGAUCCCGAAAUGACGCUGCUGAGGUCAGUGGUGAUCGAGCAGCCCGACUAUCAGUGGCAGUAUCAGCUGAGGCAUGAGCGUGACGUCACGGCUCAGACCGAGGCCAUUUACGCUUUGGAAAGGUACCCGACGCCUGCUACCCGAAUGGCGCUGACUGACACCAUCGAAAACGAGCAGUGCUACUAUAAGGUGCGCUGCAAAGCCGCCCAUUGUCUGACCAAAGUGGCCAAUGCGAUGGUGGCUAAUUGGUCGGGGCCGCCCGCGAUGUUGACGAUUUUCCGCAAGUUUUUCGGCUCGUUCGCCGCACCGCACAUCAUCAAGCAAAACAGCUUCCAGAACUUCCAGCACUAUUUCCUGCAGAAAAACAUUCCGCUCGCGAUGUCCGGCCUCAGAAACGCCCACGGGAUCUGUCCGAAGGACGUCAUGCGGUUCCUGCUCGAGCUGUUCAAGUACAACGACAAUUCGAAGAAUCGCUUUUCCGACAAUUAUUAUCGGGCCGCUCUCGUGCAGGCUUUAGGCAAUGCGAUCACGCCGGUGGUCUCGAUGGCGGUGCAGCAGGGCAGUUCGAUCACGGCCGACAAUCUGAGCGCCGACACCAAGUCGAUUUUGGAGGAGAUCACGCGGGUGCUCAAUCUGGAAAAGGCGCUGCCCUGCUACAAGUACACCGUUUCGGUCGAGUGUCUGAAGGUGAUCAGGAAGAUGCAGCGCUUCGGCCAUCUGCCCAGCAGGUCGACGAUUUUCAAAUUCUACGCCGAGUACGGACAUUAUACCGGUAAGAGUGUUUCCGGACACCAUUGGGCGCAUUCGCCAAAUCGAGGAGAGCAUCGGUUGAUAUUGGGCGCAUUCACCAUUUUGACUUGACUGGGGAAAGUUAAG